UAGGGGCCACCCCCCCUCCCCGGCCGGUGUUUACUUUUAACUUUUCCUGAACUUUUCCUUUCCAUUCAGUUGUCUUGUCUGAUGUGCUGGUUUUGUAUGACAGUGUGAUAGCGAACUUUGUUUACAGAAAGUGAAAAAUGCUACGAAAUUUGAGUAAAGUUGUACAAACCCAAAAGGCUAAGUUUGCAACAGCGACUGCCCCUGCUCCUCACACUAGUCCUGAAAUUUUGUAUACAGGGCUAUUCAUAAACAACGAAUGGGUGAAGUCUGCUGAUGGCAAAACGUUCAAGACUGAGAACCCGACCAACGGGAAGGUGAUCGCGGAGGUGCAACAGGCGGGCAAAGCAGACAUUGACAAAGCCGUUAAAGCCGCCAAAGAUGCUUUCAAAUUUGGGUCAACAUGGAGAAAAAUGGACGCAUCGCAGCGAGGGUACCUUAUAAACAAGCUGGCGGACCUUAUCGAAAGAGACCACGCUUAUUUGGCCAGUCUAGAGACCCUCGACAACGGCAAGCCAUACCUAGCAUCGUACUAUGGCGACGUUGCUGCAGUGGUCAAGAACCUGCGCUACUACGCGGGCUGGGCGGACAAGAACCACGGCAAGGUGCUGCCCACUGACGGCAAAUACUUCGCCUAUACCAGGCACGAGCCUGUCGGCGUAUGCGGGCAAAUUAUCCCAUGGAACUUCCCUCUGCUGAUGGCGGCGUGGAAGCUGGGCCCCGCGCUGGCCGCCGGCAACACGCUGGUGCUGAAGCCCGCGGAGCAGACGCCGCUCACUGCGCUCUAUGUCGCACAACUAGUCAAGGAAGCGGGCUUCCCCGCGGGCGUAGUGAACGUGGUGCCCGGAUACGGCGACGCGGGCGCGGCCAUUGUUGACCACCCCGAUGUUGACAAGGUCGCCUUCACUGGAUCAACUGAAGUAGGCAAGCUGAUCCAGCGCAACGCGGCGGGAACUGUGAAGCGGAUAACUCUGGAGCUGGGGGGAAAGUCCCCCAACAUCGUGUUCGCUGAUGCCGACCUGCCCUACGCGGUGGAGCAGUCUCACAUGGCGCUGUUCUACAACAUGGGCCAGUGCUGCUGUGCCGGCUCGCGCACGUUCGUGGAGGACAAGAUCUACGACAAGUUCGUAGAGAUGUCGGCCGCGCGCGCCGCCAGGCGAGUUGUGGGGGACCCCUUCCGACCCGACACCGAGCAGGGGCCGCAGAUUGACGGGGAGCAACACGAGAAGAUCUUAGGACUCAUCGAGACAGGCAAGAAGCAAGGCGCCAAGCUGAUGACGGGGGGCGGCCGGCACGGGAAAGAGGGGUAUUUCGUCCAGCCUACGGUCUUCUCUGAUGUCAAGGACGAUAUGGACAUUGCCAGAACGGAGAUCUUCGGUCCCGUGCAAACGAUCCUGAAGUUCUCGCAGAUGGACGAAUUACUAGAACGCGCCAACAACUCGGAGUAUGGGCUGGCCGCAGCGGUGUUCAGUAAGGACAUCGACCGAGUUAACUACCUCGUGCAGGGUCUCCGUGCGGGCACGGUGUGGGUGAACGACUACAACGUUUUCGGCAACCAGGUGCCGUUCGGCGGGUACAAGCAAUCCGGCCUCGGGCGGGAGAACGGACCCUAUGGCAUCAAGAACUAUACCGAAGUCAAGGCGGUCGUCGUCAAACUCACUGAAAAGAACUCGUAGACUGCCGAAUUAUAUUUGAACCUUUUUAGGCACUAUACACAAUGUUGUUAGCACUCGUUCACUCGGAUGAUUCUUUAAAAUCCAAUGGAUUAUCCAUACUAAUGCGAAAUUAUAAAUGCGAAAGUGUAUCUGUGUAUCUGCUAGCUUUUCACGGCCCAACAAUUUGACAGAUUUUAAUGAUACAGAGUUAGCUUACAUCCCGGAAACUAUUCCCGGUGAUGACUUUACAAUAUUGCAGUCCCGGAAAGGACUGCAAUAUUGUAAAUUCAUCAGUUUUAAAGCGCACUACAAAAUCAUCUGUGUGAACGAGGGCUUAGAAUUUAUAUGAACACACAGUAAACUGAUGCGGGCUUAACCAGGGCGGAAUUCUGUCCCGUGUUUCAUACAAAACAUACCAUCCUGUUUCAUUUUCUAGUGCACAAAAUACCCAGUUUCUAAUCAGUAAGAUUGUACUUAAGAUACUAUUCUAUGAUUUCUAAUAAAAUUUAUAUCCAGACUUAAAAAAAAGAUAAUAAACGGCCACGAAGCCGUUUUUAGACAGAAUCUAUGAAUAAAGAAUUUUCAAAAAAUCAUAGGUAAUAAAUAGUUUUCGUUUUUCUUUUAGGUUGUGAUUUCUGUUAAAUAGAUUUGUAGUGUGCAAACGAAUUUACUAAAACUUGAAAAAAUAGUUUUUAAGAUACUUUUUGUUUAGACUCUCGAUAGCCACAAGCGGUUAUUAAUUAAACCUUAUCAAUUUGCAAUAAGGAAUAAAUUUUAAAAGUUAUCAACUCAUUGCUGGAUAUUUUUUUAUCAAACAGUCGCUCGUGGCUAUUGAAACGCUAUAAUUAAUUCCUAACAAUUUAAUGACCAUGAAUUACUUUAUGAAAUGCACAGUGCAUUUCAAAAAGGUAAUUCAGCGUUGCAAAAACUCAUACUCAAAUUUGAUUUUUUAGAAUAGAAUAUAUUUUUAUUCAAGUAAACUCUUACAAGUGCUUUUGAAUUGUCAAAAUAAUUUAAGUUAAUAACUUGUUAAUACAGUUAGCAAUGGUGCUUACUAAAUAUAUUGAGGCUAUUAUGCAUUUUUUUGUAUCUUUUGCCAUUGUAUAGUCGCUAUUUCUACAAUGAAAAUUAGAAUCUAAGAAAUAAAACUAUUUUAAU